AUGCAUGCGUGUUCGGCCCCGCAGCUGUACCAGCUAGUAGGUUAUCGCGCCAUCCAGAUGGCCCGCUGGCUGUUUGACCGGGCCACGGGCUACAGCGAGCACAUGACGGACGCGCAGUGGCUGCGGCGCAUCAUCUUCCUGGAGACGGUCGCGGGUGUGCCGGGGAUGGUGGCGGGCAUGCUGCGGCACCUCAAGUCGUUGAGGACCAUGCGGCGCGACCAUGGCUGGAUUCACACGCUGCUGGAGGAGGCGGAGAACGAGCGCAUGCACCUCAUCACGUUUUUGGAGCUCCGCCGUCCAGGGCCGCUGUUCCGAGCCGCCGUCAUUGGCGCACAGGGCGUCUUUUUCAACGCCUACUUCCUGGCUUACCUGCUUAGCCCGCGCACCUGCCAUGCGUUCAUCGGCUUUCUGGAGGAGGAGGCGGUCAAGACGUACACCCACGCGCUGGCGGAGAUCGACGCGGGGAGGCUGUGGAAGGGCACACCUGCACCGGCCAUCGCAGUCGAGUACUGGGGACUGCCGCGUGGCGCGACGAUGCGAGAUCUGGUCUUGGCGGUGCGCGCGGACGAGGCCUGCCAUGCGCACGUGAACCAUACCUUUAGCAAGCUGACUCCUGGCCAGACCAACCCCUUUGCAGUUGGCGUUAGCCAGUUGCCUUGA